AUGACAAUAAUCGCAUUUAUUUCCCAAAAAGGGGGGGUAGGAAAAAGCACUCUCACCCAAGCCUUAGCAGUCGAAGCUAAGAAAAAGAAAAUAAGCGUCUUAUUAGCAGAUUGCGAUAGUCAACAAGCAACUAAUUAUGAUCUAAUAAUAAUUGAUGGUCCCGCUAGAACUAGUACUGGAACUUUGGAGAUUGCCAAAAAGGCUGAUUUACUAAUUCAACCGACUGGAGCCAGUCGAGCCGAUUUAAUUCCCGCGGUCAAAGAAUUUCAUGCCCUAGUCAAAGCAGGAAUUAAUAAAAAAAAGCUUUUAUUCAUCCUAAACCAUAUCGGCAGUAAAGCCGAAGCAGAAAUAGCCCAAGAAUAUUUAAAAGAUACUGGUUAUGCUUCCCUUCCAAUUGCUUUAUUAGAAAAAGUUUCUUUUCGGCAAAUUCAGAAUGAGGGAAAAAGUAUUACCGAAAUAAACUUUAAAACUUUACGAAAACAAACCAAAGCUCUGAUAGAAAAUAUUUUAGAAUAUAUUUAG